AUGAAUGAUGAUAAGGAACAUUUUAUAGUUUUCAUAAAUGAAGAAGGAUUUGACCAAAAUCAAACAAUAAAUAAUGAUUUUUAUCCAUCUUUAAUUAAAGAAUUAUCAUUACUUGAAUUAUGUUGUUAUCAUGGGGCAGUUGAUUGUUUUAAAAUUUUACGCUCGAAAUUUAAAUCAGAAAUAACUCAAAAGUGUCUUGAAUUAUCAUUUUUGGGCGGAAAACCAGAUAUAAUAAGCGAAUGUUUGAAAUAUCAAGAACCAAAAAUGACAUUUUGCAUGAAAUAUGCUAUAGUUUCACACAAUAUUGACUUUGUUUCAUUUUUAAUGAAUGAACAUUAUGAAUUCAUUAAUUUAAUUGAUUGUGGAAAAUAUAAUAAUCUUCAAGCAUUUUUUAUAUAUUUGGAUCAAACAGAGAAUAUCAACGAAAGUUUUGUAUAUUCUCCUUAUUUCGAAAUUCCCUCGUUGAUUGAAUAUUUCAUUCAACAAGGAGCCGAUAUAAAUUUUAAAGAGAAUAUUUCAUAUCUGACAGCACUUCAUAAUGCAUCUAUCAACAACAGUAAGGAAAUUGCUCAAUUACUUAUUCAUCAUGGCGCAGAUAUCAAUGCAAAGAAUUGCUCAGGAAAUACAGCUUUAUUUUACUCUGUGAAGGAAAUAAGUAAAGAGAUGGUAGAAUUCUUUAUUCAUAAUGGUAUAAAUGUCAAUAUCGAAAACUUUGUGACUUUGUAUUACCUAUGCGGUUCUAGAAAUAUGAAUAUUAUAGAACUACUUGUAUCAAGUGGAAUCAAUAUUAAUUCAGUAAAUAAAAAUGGGCAAACCGUCCUUCAUGAAGCAACAAUAUUUUCUCAAGUAGAAUUAGCAUCUUUUCUCAUUUCACAUGGAGCUAAUGUUAAUAUAAGAGAUAAUACUGGUAAAACACCUCUUCACCUUGCUGGAAAAUCUCCAAAUCCUUUUCUCGUAAAACUUUUUAUUGAACAUGGUGCUGAUAUCAAUGCGAAGGAUAAUGAAGGUAAGACAGUAAUUCAUUAUGCAUCAGAAAUAUAUAUUACACAAGUCUUGCAGAUUCUUAUACCAAAUGGUGUAGAUAUCAAUGCAACAGACAACAAUGGUAAAACAGCUCUUCAUAUUGCAUCAGAAAGAAACAUGUAUAAGAUAGUAAAAUAUCUUAUUUUAAAUGGGGCAGACAUUACUAUCAGAGAUAAAAAUGGAAAAAUGGCUCUUGAUCUCGCAAAAGAAAAGAAUCAUAAAAAAAUCGCAGACAUUCUUAAUUACCCCGAAAAAUAUUUCAAAAGUUCUCGGGGACUAUGUUAUAUAUAA